AUGGCGCAUGGGCAUCGCCGCAUCGCCAAUAGGGCAAUUGCCUUGUUGGCGAUGUUUUUCACAGCGCCCUCUGUUGCUGGUGAAUUCGACAUCGUUACUGAGUAUGUUACGGUAACGUCGUACGCCGAGCUUGGAGCGUGUCAUACUAUUUGUGCAAUGCAAUCCGCGACAUUAGCAGUUGGACCACCUGGACCAUCUCGACCAACUGGAUCACCUGAAACGCUUGGACAACCGAAUAAACCGAAUAAACCCAACGGUCCUGGUCAGAAUGGUCAGAACGGUCAGAAUGGUCAGAAUGGUCAGAACGGUCAGAACGGUGGACAGCAAAUACAGCACCCCCUAGCUCUUCUCAACCCAGCUCUUCGAAGCCUAGCUCCUCUCAAGCAAGUUCUUCGAAACCAAGCUCGUCGCAGUCAAGUUCAUCACAGCCAAGCUCAAAGCCUAGCUCAUCUCAGCCAAGUUCUUCGAAACCCAGUUCAUCCCAACCGAGCUCGUCGCAGCCGAGUUCUUCAAAGCCUAUUAGCAGUUCUCAACCUAGUAGCUCAAAGCCAGCAAGCAGCUCCCAGCCAAGCUCCCAGCCCAGCAGCUCUAAACCCGCUAGCAGUUCAGCUCCAUCAAGCUCAAAGCCAGCUAGCAGUUCAGCUCCAUCAAGCUCAAAGCCAGCUAGCAGUUCGGCUGCCUCAAGCUCUCAACCCAGCAGCUCAAAACCCGCUAGCAGUUCAGCUCCAUCAAGCUCAAAGCCAGCUAGCAGUUCGGCUGCCUCAAGCUCUCAACCCAGCAGCUCAAAACCCGCUAGCAGUUCAGCUCCAUCAAGCUCAAAGCCAGCUAGCAGUUCGGCUGCCUCAAGCUCUCAACCCAGCAGCUCAAAACCUGCAAGCAGUUCAGCUGCUGCAAGCUCCCAGCCUAGUAGUUCAAAGCCAGCCAGUAGCUCUCAGCCAAGUUCUUCAGCUCCUUCGAGUUCCAAACCAGCUAGCAGUUCAGCUGCCUCAAGCUCUCAACCCAGCAGCUCAAAACCUGCAAGCAGUUCGGCUGCUGCAAGCUCCCAGCCUAGUAGUUCAAAGCCAGCCAGUAGCUCUCAGCCAAGUUCUUCAGCUCCUUCGAGUUCCAAACCAGCUAGCAGUUCAGCUCCAUCAAGCUCUCAACCCAGCAGCUCAAAGCCAGCCAGUAGCUCUCAACCAAGUUCUUCAGCUCCAUCAAGCUCAAAGCCAGCUAGUAGCUCUCAGCCAAGCUCGUCAGCACCAUCAAGCUCUCAACCUAGCAGCUCAAAGCCAGCCACAGUUCGGCUAUCUCAAGCUCACAGCUAGCUAUUCAGCGGCCUCAAGCUCUCAGCCUGCUAGCAGUUCGGCCGCUCCCUCAAGCUCCCAACCAGCUAGCAGUUCGGCUGCUGUCUCAAGCUCCCAACCAGCAAGCAGUUCGGCCGCUCCCUCAAGCUCCCAACCCAGCAGCUCAAAACCAGCUAGCAGCUCGGCUGCCUCAAGCUCUCAGCCAGCAAGCAGUUCGGCUGCUCCGUCAAGCUCUAAACCCGCAAGUAGUUCUGCUCCUCAAUCCUCCAGCAAGCCUGCUUCGUCCGUCCCAGCGUCCUCAAAAGCUCCUGCUAGCUCAGGUGCACCAGGCGGUUCCGGUGGGGGGUCUUUCGGUCCCUCAGUACAGGGCUCUAGCGGCGGCUCCGGAGGCGGCACUGGCGGAGGUUCUAGCGGUGGCACUGGAGGCGGCUCUGGAGGCUCUGCUGCUGGUUCUGGAGGCUCUGCUGCUGGUUCUGGAGGCUCUGCUGCUGGUUCUGGAGGCUCUGCUGCUGGUUCUGGAGGCUCUGCUGCUGGUUCUGGAGGCGGCUCUGGAGGCGGCUCUGGAGCUGGUUCUGCGGGUGGUUCUGGAGCUGGUUCUGGAGCUGGUUCUGGAGGCGGCACUGGUGGAGGUUCUGCCGGUGGUUCUGGAGGCGGCUCUGGAGCUGGUUCUGCCGGUGGCACUGGCGGCGGUUCCGGAGGCUCUGCUGCUGGUUCUGGAGGCGGCACUGGUGGUUCUGCCGGUGGUUCUGGAGGCGGCUCUGGAGCUGGUUCUGCCGGUGGUUCUGGAGGCGGCUCUGGAGCUGGUUCUGCCGGUGGUUCUGGAGGCGGCUCUGGAGCUGGUUCUGCCGGUGGUUCUGGAGCUGGUUCCGGAGGCGGCACUGGUGGAGGUUCUGCGGGUGGUUCUGGAGGCGGCUCUGGAGGCGGCUCUGGAGCUGGUUCUGCGGGUGGUUCUGGAGCUGGUUCUGGAGCUGGUUCUGCCGGUGGUUCUGGAGCUGGUUCCGGAGGCGGCACUGGUGGAGGUUCUGCCGGUGGUUCUGGCGGAGGCUCUGGAGCUGGUUCUGCCGGUGGUUCUGGAGCUGGUUCCGGAGGCGGCACUGGUGGAGGUUCUGCCGGUGGUUCUGGCGGAGGCUCUGGAGCUGGUUCUGGCGGAGGCUCUGGAGGUGGCUCCGGCAGCGGCGCGGGAGGAGGAAGUUUCCGACGACGCGGUCGUCGCAGUGGUUGA